AUGGCGUAUGAAGACCUGGUUUGCUUUAGAGAUAUUAGACCUAACGCUCCCCACCACUACCUGGUGGUGCCGGUGGAGCACAUGGGAAACUGCAAAACACUGAAGACAGAACACAUACCUGUAGUGAAGAGAAUGAUGGAAGUUGGAAAAGCUGUUCUCCAGAAAAAUAAUUUUAGUGACUUGAGUAAUGUAAGAAUGGGUUUUCACUGGCCUCCGUUCUGCUCGAUAUCACACUUGCAUCUUCACGUCCUGGCCCCAGCCAGUCAGCUAGGAUUCUUAUCCAGACUUAUCUACAGAAUCAAUUCCUACUGGUUUAUCACGGCUGAACAACUGAUUGAGCGACUGCAAACUGAAAAUGCUGCCAGCUGAAAGCCCUCUUAGCCUUGUGUCACAAGCUGGUUUGUUCCUUGAACUCUGAUUUAAGGUUGUACAGUUCAAUGUUGCCAGUAAUAUACCAGGAUAAAAAAAGCUUUAGUUCCUUAUGAGGAAAUGCACACAGAAUCUGUAGCUGCCAACCUAAUUCUCCCAUUUGGAUACUUAAGUCUGUAUGUUUCUCUGACAAUAAGGUGAGGUGUUUUAAUUAUAAUUUAGUUAAUUUAGUAUUUUUGUGUGUGCGUGUGUGUGUGUGUAUAUAUAUAUAUACACACAUAACACAUACGCACGCAUACGUACACAUGCAGAGAACUUUUCCUAGUAAAAGGCGGGGUAUAGCAGCAGAAUGUAUUGCAGCUAAGGCAACAAGUUAAUACUAACAACAUGAUGUGGUACCAAAGGGAGUAUUUGCUGCAGAAUCAAGCUUUUAUUUCAAAGAUAUAUUGUUCUGGCAUUGCAAGUAACAUUUAAAACAUUUAAAUUUCCAUCUGUAUUUGUAUGACAUGUUACUUAAGCCUAGUUAUUAUUAGGUACGUUGAUGAAAGUACACUACUAGCUGUCUGGUGUUAAGCUGCUUUAAUAUACUGCCUGUCUUAUUUGCAUGACUGUGACAUAGUAAAUGUUAAUACAAUAGGUGCCCAAGAUGUGAUAAUGCUGUAUAACACAGAAUGUAGUUUAAAUGUGUAAGUGUCUGUAUGUUGGAUUUAAAGAUUGUUUCCCUCUUAUGUGCCCAAUAUUUUAAAUUAUUGUAUGUUUACAAAAAAUAAGAGUUCUGAGGAAUUGAUUUAAUAUACUGUGCUUCUGCAUGAUGGUAGAAAAAAAUCUAAAUUUUUAGAUGGUUCUAAUAUUGUUCUCACUGCAAGACUUUUGAAGAUCAUUAAUGCCUUGGCUGAAUUUGAUUUCUAAGCAGAGUCAGCGAAACAGGUCUUUGGUGCAGUGAGUAUGUGGCAGGCUUGCGUAAUACCAAUCUGAUUUGAAUUUGGGAUAGCAGGGAUUUGGCCCAAAAUUGGAAUGUCGUGUUGCUUAAGGAACCUGCUGAAUGUUUGCCUUUGCUGUACGACCUUAACCAGUAAUGCUAACGCUCUCUUUCUCAAUACCAUAUUAAGGCACACUGGUUGAAAAGUUAAAACUUCAGAAAACAUGGAGUGGAUUUGCUUUGUUCUCAGAGUCUAGCUCCUGGUGCCUAACAAACAAGUGUCCUUGGCUGAUGCAUUUAGAUGCAGCUGAGGUGAUGAUGGUCUGUUGCACCUGCAAGCUUUCCUAAAUGUAAUCUUUUCGGUGUUUCCCACUGAUCCAGUGCCUGUUGUCUUAGUGGUGCAGUGUAUUCUAAUAUUCUUACAGUAAACUAUAUGUAAUACUUCAGAAGGUUCACACCCUUCAGAAGAACAUUUUCUGCCCAGAAGAGUUUACACCUCUCUUUUCUUUAACACCUUGUUUCUAGUAUCUUGUUAUUCUUAUUAGUGGGCACUCACAUGUCAUUUGCAGCCCUUUAGGGUUUUAAUUUGUAACAGUAGGUAGGAGGAGUGUGAAUUAAAGCCACCGAACUUUACUUCUGUGCAAUAGAUGUCUCCUAACUUUGAAAUACCUGAACAUUAAGAUCUUUCCAGAGUUAAUACUGUCUAUGUGUUCUGAUUUGUAGUUAAUUUAUGUAACUGUACUUAACUGUGACAUGUAAUUUUAAAGUACCAAUAUGAACUGUUGCUAAAAAGGAUUAAUAAACAGAAUAAAUGCUAAUUUUGGAAUGAUCUUCCAGCGCAAUGGAAUAGUUCUUGGGGGGGUGGUGUGGGGUGGUGUAACCCUGGAUAGCCCUUUGCUUGCUCUUCACCCUCGAUGUCAGAGGGAUGGGAGAGCAAAUAGGAGUAGGAGAAAUGAGAAAUCUCAUGGCUCGAGAUAAAGACAGUUUAAUAAAUGAAGGAAAGAGGAAAAAAAAAAAAACAAAACAAGGUGCAAAGUUUAUCACUCAUGGCUUCUCCCCAGCAGGCCAGUAGCAACAGCUGCCCCCCCUUCCCCAAACCAAACAAAACCCUCUCCUCAGCUUUUAUUGCAGAUCUUGACAUUCUGUGGCAUGGAAUAACCCUGCUAGUCUCUUGGUGCCAGGUGUGCAGGUUGUGCCCCCUCCCAGCUUUUUGCCCACUGGAGGGGCAGAGCAGGAAAAAGAGGUGGCCUUGAUGCUGUGCAAGCACUCACUGCUCAGCAGUGACCAGAACACUGGUGUGUUAUUAAUGCUGUUUCAGUCACAAAUGCAAAAUGUGGCACCAUAGGGGCUGCUCUGAAGGAAUUUUAUCUCUGUCCGAGCCAGACUCAGUAAGUUGUCAAAUGUACACAGAAGCACAAAGGUCAGCUUUGUAUCUUACAUUUGAGAAGGGUCACAUGAAUGACAGUGAAACUGGAAAGGUAAAAAUCAGGGUAUAGCUAACUCCCAAGCUUUUGCUGAUGAGCACAAUGGGGAAUUCAACUUGACAGCAGCAGACAGGCCUCAAACCAUCUCAAACCACAAAGCAUUAAACAGAACCGUAUAAUUACUGAGAUGAAUGCUCAGUAACUCAUUAGUGUUUUUCAGCACAGAACUGUGUUCCAUUUUCCUUUUGUAUUUACAAGCAUUCUUGGACUCUUCAGAUAAUUUUUUUAAUUAGGCUAAGAAAUAUUUUCUGAAAAGCCUAUCCUAAUGCUUUGAAUACAUUUCAGAAUUACUGGCUAGCCCCUGGAAGAGGCAGUGGGCAGACCCCAUUAACUAUGUCACCCUCUUCUACAGUAGCAUUACAGCAUCAUUUCAAAAUUUCCAAAAUCACCUGUAGAACCUUCCACUGAGCAAAGAUCAAUAAAAUACUCUUGGAGGGUGAACUCAGGAGCUCUUUCUCUCCAAGAGCCUGGAGAAGCAAAGGAAAGUUGCUUAGCCACUGCCCCUGGCUCUGUGGUUCUUUGAUCCAGUAUUAGCAGUCCUGAGAAAAGCUGCUUUUUUGACUACAUGUUUAAGAAUGACAAAGCUUUAUUUGUACUCUUUUGUUCAAUUGUUUUACAUAAACUCCCAACCUAAUGUGAACCCAGAGCAUAAUGCUUUUAUGCUGAAGUACUAACUGCCCUCUCUGGAGGGACGGAACACAUAUACAUACAAUGGUGUUAAAUGGACAAUGAGAAAAAGUUUAGUCUUUUGACUAAGGACAGCAUUUUCAAUGUGAUUAAACUGGUAAUAGCGCCCCAAGCUAUUCUGAAGUCUUCUUAAUUGUGAGUUGCAAAUAAAAGCACAAAAAUGGGAGAAAAACAGUGAAAACUCCAUUUGAAAUCUGAAAAACUUGGAAACAAUAAAAUGCUGUGUUAAACCUUGCUUGUUAUUUUAAACUGACGUGCAACAUUUAUUGAAGUGCUGAAAGUGCUUUCAGUGUUUGAUGAGACAAAACACAGAUAGUCCCUGUACAGUGUACAGUCCAAAAGAGAUGCAGAAUUCACAGGCUUCAAGUGGAAGAAGAGGAAAGACCACCGAGGGGGCUUGCCUCAAAGAAGUGAAAUUUAGGAACGAUUUGAAGAGCUGCAACUUAGCCAGGCAAUAACACCUUUUAGAAGGUCAGUUUACUUACUAUUCCAAUACUAUUCCAUUACUCUAAUGCUAAAAAACCCUCACAUGCUACAAUUUUUGUAAAAGUAAUUUAAUAAAUUCUAUUCCAUUCACUCUAAUGGGAGCCUGCUGAAAAAAAAGUUGCCUGUUGGAAAGUUUAAAUUCCUGUUUCAUCUGUAGAAGCUAAUCUAUUCUCCACGUCACAAAUGAGGAAGAAGAAUUUUGUAAAACUUGUAAACUAGUAGCUAAACUGAAUCACGUGUGUUAGAUAUGACACAUUUGUGACUAUACAGGCUUCAGAAGUAAUUUUUUUAUUCUGGAGUGUACCAGUGGACAAGCUGACCAGUUGUAUUCUCUAUCUUUUAGACCUGUUUUGAAAUACUGGCUAUUGCUGCAAGCAGGAGAUUGGAUUUGUCAAUCUGCAUGCUGAUCCAGUUUGGCAAGCUUGGUGUUUAUAGCCACUGCAUGGGCCCAUAGAUUUCAGUCACUCUUUAGGAGGAUGCUCAUCUAAAGCUGGCAGGUGGGAAACUUUGUUUAAUUAUUUAAAAAAAUUAUCUCUAAAUAAUAUUUUUUAUAAUAAUUCUUGGUUUUAUUCAAAACAUCAUAGUAGGGCAAGCUUUUUUUAGUUGCUUACCUAAUGGUAAGACUGUUUCAUUAGGGCUUACUCUGCUUCUGUCUGUUUUGAUCAGAGGUGUGCAUAAAGCUCUUGUAGGAGUGCUCAAGUGAUAUUUAAACCAAGCAGCAGCAGGAGAGAGUGCAGCAGAGGCCAUGUAACAUCUAACACUAACUACUUACGUGGCAGUGGAAGCCUGGAUCCCUGACAUUUAAUUAUUUGAGCCAACCUUAAUUAAGAACUAGUUAGUUUACAUGAGCUGGACUUGGAUCUCGGCAUGCUCAGGCUACACACUGCCCCAACUGUGUGUCUUUAUUAUUUGUACAGUGUACAUUGUACAAAAGUAAUGUAUUUUUUUUUUUUUAUACUACCAUCCUGUUAACCAGCUGGCAACACUUGAACAGCCUGAUACUGCUUCCUGCAAGCUAUGAACUAAUGCUACAGCAGAACUGACUGGAUUUCAAAAUUACUGGAAUUAAACAAACUGCAUUCCAUAGCUGUAUUAUAAAAAGCUUGAUUCUCUUCAAAAUCAAAAUGUAUGUACAGGCUUUAUCCAAUGGGAGCUGAAAUCCACUGAGGUGUCUGUGUUCAUACCACUUUGGCAAGAAAUGCUUUUCCAAAACACAAAGCAUUUUAAAUGUGUUAAGAUCACAAAUUAUAUAUCUUUCUCCAGCUGCAAGACAGAUUUGUUUAGGAAGGAGAAGUGGGUCUGAAAGCUAAGGGAACACACAGAAGCGGUGCUUGGUGCAGCACCUACUCCCCAGUUUCCAAUGUG